AUGUGCGAUUCUGCUUUCUUCAAUCGAUCCUGGUCCGAGUAUGCGUCCGGUUUUGGUGAGCCUGAUUCAUGUUUCUGGCUGGGUAAUAAUAAAAUCCGGGCACUUACGAAACAGGCGGAUUACAACCUACAAGUUGGGACCCGCAGCAGUUUGGGUGAAUGGCAGAAGGGCUUCUCCUUCUACACGUACGACGAAAGCCACGGCACCAACAGCACCUGUGCCAUCGUUGGCGGCGGGUGGUGGUACGGGGACGACUGCGACCACGGAAACCUUAACGAUCUGCGGGGUCCAAGAUGGCUGAACGACCAGGGCAACCUGACGUUUUACAACGAGAGCACUAUGGCUAUUACACCAGCCGAUGUCAUCAGAUAUUCCAAUAUUCGGACAGGUUCCAACAACAAACCAUCUGGUUGA